CUGUUCUUGUCCCCGUCACAUCCGGUCGGCCCGACACGCCGCUGUUGAAUAUAGCAUGCGCACUGAGUCACUUGAGCAGGGCGGAUGAUGAUGGAGCGGUAAAGUUCACGGUAAGAUGUGUGUGUCCUGUGCGGAGAUUGGGAAUAAACUGAUCAAGGACAGCAGCUAACCCACAUAUGGCCUGCGAGUCGGCGUUACCUGCCAUCAUGGACGAGCAGGCCCUCAUGGGACUGAACCCCAACGCUGAUGCCUGUUACCGGCAGAGGGCGCUGGCAUAUUUUGAGCAGUUGAAAGAGUCUCGGGAUGGAUGGGAGGUGUGUGCUGAAGCCCUGGUUAAAGGGGUUUACAGUGACGAUCAUGUGAAGUUCUUCUGCUUUCAAGUCUUGGAGCACCAGAUCAAAUUCAGACACGGGUCGCUCUCCGCGGCUCAACAGCAGCUGAUCCGAGAGACCCUGAUGAAGUGGUUGCAGGCUCAGCUGAUGAAUUUGCAUCCAGAGAAGCCCUUCAUCAGGAACAAGGCGGCGCAGGUUUUGGCCCUGACGUUUGUGAUGGAGUAUCUGACUUUCUGGCCCAAGUUCUUCUUUGACAUCCUCGCUCUGGUGGGACUGAAUCCGAACGGUGUGGACAUUUACCUGCGGAUGCUGAUGGCCAUCGAUGCUGAGGUGGUCGAUCGGGACAUCCUGCACAGCCCGGAGGAGACUCGCAGAAAUACUCUGAUUAAAGACGGCAUGCGUGAGCAGUGCAUCCCGGCGCUGGUGGAGUCCUGGUUCCAGAUCCUUCAGACGUACCAGCACACACACAGCGAGCUGACCUGCCAGUGUCUGGAGGUGGUGGGCGCGUACGUGUCCUGGAUCGACCUCAACCUCAUCGCCAACGACAGGUUUGUGAAUCUGUUGCUCAGCCACAUGUCCAUGGAGGAGCUGCGGGAGGAGGCGUGCGAUUGUCUGUUUGAGAUCAUCAAUAAGGGCAUGGAUCCUGUCGACAAAACCAAACUGGUGGAGUCUCUGUGUCAGGUGCUGCAGUCCGCAGGGUUCUUCAAUGUCGAGCAGGAGGAGGAUGUGGAUUUUCUGGCCAAGUUUUCUCGGUUGGUGAACGGGAUGGGUCAGUCUCUGGUGCUAAGCUGGACUAAACUCAGUAAGACGGAUUUGAAGGUUUCUGCGGAAACACUGCAUGCCGUGGAGUCAAAGGUUCCCCUGAUGCUCCAGCUGCUAAUUCAUGAAGACGACGAUAUAUCAGCCAACAUCGUGGGCUUCUGUUACGACUACCUGCAUGUGCUCAAACAGCUCCCAGCUCUCAAUGAGCAGCAGAAGAGCAACGUGGAGAGGAUCAUGCUGGCUGUGAUGAACAAACUCAAGUACGAUGACGAGUAUAACUUCGAGAAUGAGGGCGAGGAUGAGGCCAUGUUUGUCGAAUACAGGAAACAGUUGAAGAUGUUGCUGGAUCGAUUGGCUCAAGUCUCUCCUGAGCUUCUGCUGGAGUCUGUGCACAGAGUCUUCAACGCCACCAUGCAGAACUGGCAGACGGUGCAGUUCAUGGAGGUGGAGGUGGCCAUCAGGCUGCUGUAUAUGCUGGGGGAAGCUCUUCCCGCGUCUCAUGGAGCGCAUUUCUCCGGAGACACUGCUAAAACCAGCACGCUGCAGGCCAUGAUGAGGACGCUCAUCUCCUGUGGCGUGAGCGGGUAUCAGCAUUCCUCUGUUACUCUGGAGUUCUUCGAGACCGUCGUUCGUUAUGAUAAAUUCUUUCUGGUUGAGACGCAGCACAUUCCCAGUGUCUUGAUGGCGUUUUUAGACCAGCGUGGUCUGAGGCACAGCAGUCCGAAGGUGCGCAGUCGAGUGGCUUACCUGUUCUCACGGUUCAUCAAAACCCUGCAUAAACACAUGAACGCGUUUAUUGAGGACAUACUCAGCAGAAUACAGGACCUGUUAGAACUCGCUCCCCCGGAGAAUGGGUUUCCAGCGCUGCUCAGCAACGAUGACCAGCUGUUCAUGUUUGAGACGGCCGGCGUGUUGAUCGUGAACGGAGAGAGUCCGGCCGAACGCAAACAGGCUCUGAUGCGAAGCCUUCUCACGCCGCUAAUGGAGGCGUUUCGGAUGCUACUCGCGAAACUGCCACAGGAGGGCGAUGAAGAGAGACAGGUGGCGCUGGCGGACUGUCUGAGUCACGCGGUGGGGUUUGCCAGUCGCACCAGUAAGGCGUUCAGUAAUAAGCAGACGGUGAAGCAGUGCGGCUGCUCGGAGGUUUAUCUGGACUGCCUGCAGACGGUCCUGCCGGCGCUGAGCUGUCCCGUCCAGCGAGGCCCGUUACGCAGCGCCGUCCGCUCCUUCAUCCACCGCAUGAUCAUCUGCCUGGAGGAAGAGGUGCUGCCCUUCAUCCCUGCGGCGUCGCAGCACAUGCUGAAGGACUGCGAGCCUCGAGACCUGCAGGAGUUCAUUCCUCUCAUCAGUCAGAUCACAGCCAAGUUUAAGAACCAGGUGUCUCCUUUCCUCCAGGAGAUCUUCAUGCCUCUGGUGAUGGCCAUAUUCGAGGUGUUGUCUCGUCCAGCGGAGGAGAACGAUCAGACGGCUGCGCUGGAGAAGCAGAUGUUGAGAAGAAGCUACUUCAGCUUCAUUCAGACCAUCGCCAGCAGUGGCAUGAACGAGGUCAUGGCCAGUCAGGGAGCUGAGAAUAUCGAGCGUGUGCUGUUCACCAUCAUCCAGGGAGCCGUGGACUUCCCAGACCCUGUCGCCCAGAAGACAUGCUUCAUUAUUCUGUCCAGACUGGUGGAACUCUGGGGUGGCAAAGACGGUUUGGUGGGAUUUCCAGAUUUCAUUUACAAGCAUAUCGUCCCAGCAUGCUUCAUGGCCCCUCUUAAACCAACCUUUGACCUUUCAGAUGCCCAGACGGUUCUGACGCUGUCAGAGUGCACACUGACUCUGCAAAUGAUUCAUCUCAAAAGAGGGCCGGAGUGUAUUCAGUUUCUUCAGGAGUAUCUGCCGUCGCUGCAGGUCUCGCCUGAGAUCACACAGGAACUGUGUCAAGUGCUUCAGCAGCCGGACGUUAAGGUUCUGAAGAACUACAUGAAGGUUUUCUUCCAGCAGGCCAAACUUUAAAACUGGAAUUGUCAAGCGGAGCGUAUCAGGGGCUCGGCAGUCGACGCCACAUACAGACCACCAUAAUGACAGAGCUUAGCAUAGGAGCUACUUUUGCACUUAAAGAAGCUUAACCACGGACACGGACCCCCAACAGGAGUCACGUAGGGAUUGGCUGUCACGUGACAGUGACCACGCCCCCACACUGACCUUGGCCCAAUCAGAGUUGUGCUCUCCAUUGGAGGUUCAGCCACCUGGACUGGUCUGCGAUUGGACGAGACGGAGAGUAGGUGGGGUUUGUGAGGGUGGGCGGGGCUUCAGUCCUGGACAGAAUUUCAAGGGAAAGUCACGAGUUUUAUGCUUUUCCAUUGAAAUAGGCAGGAAAAAAAUGCUAAUUGUUUGGAAAUGUUACAGAAAAUUACUAGAAUGAAUUUAAUGAAAUGUUUAUUUUUUUUGUGUGCGCUUGAGAAAUCCGGAUUUUCUCAACUUUCAGCUUAAGAAGGGCCGAUUUAAUUUAAUAAAUUUUUUUUUAACUUCCAGAAAUGAAGCAUAGGUUUUAGUUUGACGUGACGAGGUUAACAAAUGGAAGUGCUCUUGAUGUGGGUUCAACCUGGCAAAUCAUUUUAGGUCUUUGCAUUUAUUUUCAGUGUUUUUUUUUUCCCCCUCCAAUUGUUAAUAAACUGCUAAUUUAUCAGCAAUCCCCCAGUUUUCCCAUAAAUAACGUGUACUACGGCAUUCC